AAAGGUAAUUGUAAUAAGGCCCAAUAAUCUCAAAUCUCAUAUGCUUCAACCCCAAGCAUCGUCGUCCUCGUUAUUCCAUUUCUCAGAUUUGCAUCUGUAAAAACCAACUGAAGAGGAAGCAGAAGAGAAAAUCGGAGAAAAUGGAAGACUACCCAGAAGAAAUGAGGAGUCCGCCGGUGAGCCUGGUGUCAGUGGUGGGAUGCCCGGAGCUCCACACCUCAAUCUCCGCCCACCUCCACUCUCUCUCCCCACCAAUCAACACCCUCGCCUUUCCGGACCUCUCCAAGGCCUCACUCAUCCUACCCCCAAAGCCCAACCCUACUUCCACUCCAGCCUCCGAUUCCUCCGCCCCUCCACCCGCCGGAAUAAUAAAGCGAGAUUGGCUCCUCAAGCACCGCACCAAAAUCCCCGCCGUCGUCGCCGCCCUCCUCUCAUCCGAUCGGGUCACUGGCGACCCGGCUCAGUGGCUCCAACUCUGUUCCGACCUCGACGGCCUCAAAGCCCUCCUCCGCGGCAGAAACAUCAAGCUGGUCGUCGUCGUCGUCUACUCCAAUCCCAGAGAUGAAAUCUCGGAGGAUCAGAUGGUGGCUGUGCGGAAGCGCGCGGAGGUGGAUGCCAAGUAUCUUCUCACGUUUUACCGCAACCCAGAUGGCAGCAGCGAUGGUUCUCAGUUCAAAGAGUCUCUCCAUAGACUGGGAAACGUGUUUGCAGAGCUGGCCGGAUUGUAUUACAGAGACGAAGGACGAAGGGUUAGAGCUCGCAUUGAGAGGAAGUCUUCCAAUCCGGCUGACCUCAACAUUCGCUAUUCCUUCAAAGUUGCUGUGUAUGCUGAGUUCAGAAGAGAUUGGGUUGAAGCUCUGAGGUUUUAUGAGGAUGCUUAUCACACCCUUCGGGAGUUAAUUGCUGGGGCAUCAACUAGUGUGUCGGUGAUUCAACGGUUAGUUGAGAUAAAAACUAUUGCGGAGCAAUUGCAUUUUAAAAUUUCAACCUUGUUAUUGCAUGGUGGGAAGAUUGUAGAAGCAGUUGUGUGGUUCCGCCUGCACAAUGCUUCAUACAGAAAGCUCAUAGGAGCACCAGAAGCUAUAUUUCUUCACUGGGAGUGGAUGGGUAGACAGUUCUUGGUGUUUGCUGAAUUGUUGGAGACGAGUUCAACAGCCAUUCAAAGCAUUUCACCUCUUCCUGUAGGCACAGCAGACAGACCUUUGACUGAGUGGGAACUUCAGCCAGCUCAUUACUAUCAGUUAGCUGCUCAUUACUUGAAGGAGAAGAGAUCUUCUUUGGAAUUUGCAGUUUCAAUGUCAGAAGGUGAUAUCGAUUGCAGUGCUGAAUCUGUGGUACCUUCAUCUUAUUUGGGUCAGUUUGCUCGCUUAAUUGAGCAAGGAGAUACAUUUGUCAUGCAACCCCUUACUGAUGAAGAGUACAUGCGUUAUGCUAUUUCUGAAGGAAAAAGGUUCCAAGAUUCCUUUGAAAUUAUUGCGUUACUAAAAAAAUCUUGUGAAUCGUACAAUAAUCGCAAAGUCAGGAGAAUGGGCUCAUUUUGUGGAUUCCAGAUGGCUAGAGAAUAUUAUGCUCUAGGUGAUUUUAGCAAUGCGAAACAGCUUUUUGAUGACAUUGCAAGUCUAUACAGACAAGAGGGUUGGGUCAUUUUGUUGUGGGAGGUAUUGGGUUAUCUGCGUGAAUGUUCAAAGAGACAGAGUAAAGUUAAAGAUUUUAUGGAGUACUCCUUUGAAAUGGCUGCGCUCCCUAUAUCAGCUGAUACUGGUAUCCAGUCUUUCCGAUUUGAAGAAUCUGGUCCAGCUGGGCCUGCGACUCUCCAACAAAGAGAAACAAUACACAAAGAAGUUUUUGGGCUUGUUAGUGGAGAACUGAGAUUGGCAUCAACUGAAAAUGGUAAUGAUCUGAAAGUAUCUGGUGAAAGUCCACUUCACCUUGAAGUUGAUCUUGUUAGUCCCCUCAGAUUGGUACUUCUAGCUUCAGUUGCUUUUCAUGAACAAAUAAUUAAGCCUGGCUCAUCCACAUUGGUUACGCUGUCAUUUCUGUCACAGUUACCCCUUAAUUUCGAGAUUGAUCAGUUAGAAGUCCAGUUCAAUCAGUCUGACUGUAACUUCAUCAUCAUGAAUGGCCAAAGGCCUCGUGUAGCUGACAUGAGUGAUGGCCAACCGGGUUGCCGAGUAGAGACUGCUCCUUCUUUGGCACUUUCUACAAAUAAGUGGCUGCGAUUGACGUAUAACAUCAAAUCUGAUCAAAGCGGAAAGCUUGAAUGCAUAUCUGUUGUUGCAAAAAUAGGACCCCACUUCACAAUCUGUUGCAGAGCUGAAAGUCCUGCUUCAAUGGAUGAAUUGCCUCUUUGGAAAUUUGAAGAUCGCGUGGUCACCUAUCCAACCAAGGACCCUGCUCUGGCAUUCUCUGGUCAGAAGGCUACUCAGGUUGAAGAGUUAGACCCAGAAGUGGAUCUUAGUUUAGGGUCUGCCGGCCCUGCACUUACCGGAGAGAGCUUCAUAGUACCUGUUACUGUUACAUCCAAGGGCCAUGAUGUUAAUUCUGGUGAGUUGAAAAUCAAUCUGGUGGAUGUAAGGGGAGGUGGUUUGUUUAGUCCAAGGGACACGGAUCUAUCUACGGAUAGUCAUCAUGUUGAACUUCUUGGUAUUUCUGGACCAGACGGAGGAGAUGAGUCCCAACUGAACACUGAUGAAAUCAAGAAAAUUCAACAGUCUUUUGGAUUGGUUUCUGUUCCUGCUCUCAAAAGUGGAGACUCGUGGUCUUGCAAAUUGGAAAUCAAGUGGCACAGACCGAAACCAAUUAUGCUCUAUGUAUCAUUGGGUUAUUCUCCAGAUAACAAUGAAAACACUCAAAAGGUAAAUGUCCACAAGAGCUUGCAGAUUGAAGGAAAGAAUGCAAUCAUUAUUAGCCAUCGCUUUAUGCUUCCCUUCCGGAGGUAUCCAUUGUUACUUUCUAGGAUAAAACCAGGUCCUGAUUCUGACCUGUCAGCAUCAAUGCCUUUAAACGAAACAAGUGUACUAGUUGUUAGUGCUAAGAACUGCUCCGAUGUGCCGCUUCAGUUGCUAUCCUUAUCUCUUGAAGCAGAUGAUAAUGAUGGCACCGAAAGGUCAUGUUCUGUGAAACAUGGAGGUCAGGACCUUUUAGACCCUGCCCUUCUAGUUCCAGGAGAAGAGUUCAAGAAGGUUUACACUGUCACUUCUGAGAUGAAUUCUUCAAAGCUCAGGUUAGGUAAUGUGUGUCUUAGAUGGAGAAGGGAUUCUGGGACUGCAGUGGAAUCUGGUUCUACGGCUUCAGUUUUAACUACACACAGACUUCCAGUUGUUAAUCUAGAGUUGUCGCCUCUUGUUGUGAGUUUGGAAUGUCCUCCUUAUGCGAUCCUUGGAGAUCCUUUCACGUAUUUUGUUAAAAUACAGAACCAGACUGAAUUGCUUCAGGAGGCCAAAAUUUCAUUAGCAGAUGCACAAAGUUUUGUGUUAGCUGGGUCUCACAAUGACAGCAUUUUUAUUCUUCCAAAAUCUGAGCACAUCGUCCGAUACAAGCUUGUUCCACUUGCCUCAGGCGCACAACAGCUACCGAGAUUCACGUUAACAUCAGUUAGAUAUUCAACGGGGUUUCAGCCCUCAAUUGCUGCAUCGACAAUUUUUGUAUUUCCUUCUAAGCCUCAUUUCAAGAUGGCUGCUGUGGGAGAUGGCAGGAUGGCUGUGGGAGAUGACAGGAUGGAAUCAGUGGUGGCUGAAUGAAUCCUGCCUCUCUUGAAUAAUUUUUUGCAGAUACAAAGUGGAUGCGAUGACAGGCUUGUUAGAUGCUUGUUGGAUUGGUUUGCGCUGUAUUUCGCUAAUGUCGAGCAAUGACGAGGUGGUUUACUCGGAAACAUCAAGUUCAGGUUCGUAUAUUUCGUGGAUCAAUUGCAUUGCCACAUUUUGAUUAGGAAAUGGUUUGCACCUUUUCGAAGUAUGGUUUUAUCAACGGGAGGGGCUGAACUUGGAGAAUCCUAACAAGAACGUACGAUGCUAAUGGGGCGAAAUAUCAAGUAAAAAUGGUUUGGAAGACCCAAGUCUGGAUGUGAAGAGUACACUGGUUCAACUACUUUCACUGAUGGUUGCAGCUGGUGUCGGCGGGGGGACGGUGAUCGGAAUUGACCGACGGUAACUCGUGUUUCAGAUUUAUGACACUGGUGUGGGUUGGAAGUAGUAAAAGAGGUGACAUUUCUUUGUAUCUUUAAUGUUAAUGAUUUGAUAAAAGUUAAACAAUCAAGGACAAGAUGAUUUUACAGUUUGCAGUUUGCACCCGUCAAUACUUGCAACCAAAUGGAAUUUUGAAUAAGGUUGUGCCCUUUGGAAAACUGAUAAACUUAGCGGGGGGUUUUGUAAUUAACUAUAAAGUACUCUUCAAAACAUGGAGAUAAUAACAAGAUAAA